AUCAUCUUCCUCUUCUAAACCUCAUUAACCAAAAACCAUUAAACCGCAGCCACCAUGAAUGCCUUCCAACCGCCACCGCAGACGCCGGUUUUCUCCGGAGGAUUCAGUUACGGAGUCGGAGUCUCCAUCGGAGUGCUUCUCCUCAUCACAACCAUCACCCUCACCUCUUACUUCUGCACACGUAACCAGCACUCUUCAUCACCUUCCCAAAACAAUCAAGAUUUGACUCGUGUACAUCACCACCACCAUGUCAUCAUCGACGUUGUCCCAGGUCUGGACGAGGAUACCAUUCAGAGCUACCCAAAGAUCCUAUACUCGGAAGUGAAAGGAAACUCCACGUCGUCGUGUUGUCACAUAUGCUUAGGAGACUUCAAAGGGAAUCAUAUGCUGCGGCAACUACCCGAUUGUAACCACCUCUUCCACCUCAAAUGUGUCGACACGUGGCUUAGACAAAAUCCUACGUGUCCUGUCUGCCGGACUUCGCCGCUUCCUACUCCCCUCGCCGAGGUUGUCUCCUUAGCCUCUUCUGUCGCCACCAUCAGGAUGUCCUGACUAAUUGUUUGUAUAGCCUCAAGAAUCCUGAACCAAAAUCAAUAAUAGUGUUCAUGAUAUUUAUCUUCUUCA